AUGCCCUCAAUCAUACAACAAAGUUUCCGUUUCAAUUUAAAAGCAAUGCGCUUCUUUUUUCUCUACCCUCCAGAUAAAUAUAAACCUCUAUAUCGCAUACAUACGUACAUCAUGUACUUUCUACUCGUAGUACCUAUUCCUGUUCUGGAGUGCGUCUAUUUAUUUCUCCAAGAAGACCUUCGUUUCACCCAAAUCGCCGACAGCGUUUUUCUCUUGGCAGAAUUAGUGUGUUUCGUGCUAAAAUUGUAUCCUUUUUUGAACAACAGCGAGCGCAUUAAAAGAUGCAUACAUUACUUCGAUUCUGCGAUUUUCGAAGUUGUAAGGAGCGAACAUGAGGAGAUUCUUAAAGAGUGUGUUAAAAUGUGUCGACGAACAUCAGCGCUUUUUUUAGCUGCAGUUACCGGAGGAUUUAUUAGUUGGUCCAGUCGACCCAUUUCUUGGAAAAAUCACGUCUUGCCGACGGAUUUGUGGCUGCCUUUUGAUGUUAAGAAUGCCCCAAAGUCCUACAUUACUUAUACUUAUAUAUGUAUUGUCAUAGCAGGGGGAUAUGGUGCAUAUACAAGUGCAGUUUUAGAUCCGUUAAUAGCAGGACUUGCAUAUCAAGCUACCUGUCAAAUAAAAAUUCUGAAGAACAAUUUACAGUUUCUUAGUGAACAUGUUAAGGACGAAGUUGGGAGAAGUGCGAAUUUUGAUCAAGCAAGCGGGAACACGUUAAUGUAUGACAAAAUUAGAAAAUGUGUUAUCCAUCACAAUCUCAUUCUAGAAUUUGUUAAAGAAUACGAAUACUGUUUUUCGCAAAUUGCUUUUAACCAGUUUGUAGCAGGCGUCGUUGUACUGUGUGUUUCUUGUUUGGAGUUAACGUUGGUUGAGCUUCUAAGUUUCGAUUUCUUAGCUAUGGUAAUGUAUCUUAUCGCUAUGCUAAGUGAGAGUUAUUUGUAUUGCUAUUUUGGAACCGUAUUGUAUGACGAGAGCAACACAAUUGCGGAUGCCAUUUAUUUGGGUAAAUGGUACGAAUAUGACGUAAGAUGUCGUAAAGCGUUGAUCCUUCUGAUGGAACGUGCUAAAAAACCCAUGGUUGUUACAUGUGGAAAAAUUGUUGACAUGUCUUUGGAUACGUUCGCAAUGAUAUUGAGAAGAUCUUUGUUGGCAGUUCUGGAAAAUUAUAAUAUAGAUCUAAAGUGA